AUGCCGAGCGAAGCUCUGCAAAAGCAGUCUGCACACGCGGCCGCGCUGUGUUGUAUCAUCCCCACUUCUCUUCUUCGAGCGUACGAUUGCGGCGAUGACGAUAGUGGCGAUGGUGGUGGUGGCGGUGGCGACGGUAGUGGUAGCGGUGAUGGUGACGGUGGCGGUAGUGACGGUGGUAGUGGUGGUGGUGACGGUGGUGACGGUGGUGCCGGCGGCGGCGGCGGCGGCGGCAGCGGCGAUGGCGGCAAUGGCUGUGGCGGAGGUGGUGGCGGCGGCGGUGGCGGCGGUGGCUGCGAUUUGGCUGAACUCAACACGACUACCGAUAAAGCAGUACCAUCCUUAGGACACUAG